AUGUCCGCGCCCUUCAAGGACGCCAGCGACCAGCACGAACUCAAUGAGUUUAUCAUCGAGGUGCUCUAUGGCAAAGUAAUUCCUGGCAUGUGCAUCACGAUGAUUUUCGGGAAUUUCUACUAUGCGUGGAUGGCGGUCCGGCUUAUGCGGAAUCUUGGUUCUGGCUCAGCACAUAGUGUAACGCAUCAUAACAGGGAGCUGUCGUAA